AUGCAUCGGCAAUGGAAAGGUAUAUCAACUGACUUAAGCGCUGUCACCAAGGCAACUAUCAAACGCCAAUACUUUGAUAUAGAAAAUACGGACAAUCCCUACGAAUUCCACGUCUUUGUAGAUGCUAGUGAUAAGGUUUAUGGUGCAGCCGUUUAUUUACCUCGUGGCAUGCAAUCAUCUCUCGUUAUUGCCAAAUAUCGUGUCUCGCCACAGAAGCAAGACAUCACGUUGCCUCAACUCGAACUGAUGGCCGAUCGGACUGGAUCGCGCCCGGGAUCGCGACUAUUACGGUUUGUGUUCGACGCCUUCAAAGGAAAGAUAAACAUUGAACAAUGCAUUAUGUGGUCUGAAAGCCAAAUUGUCAUACACUGGUUGAAAAGUGACAAACGGCUACCAAUCUUUGUGGCUAACCGUGUGCAGGAAAUUAACCAAUUUCCGUGCGUAAUUAAAUACUGCCCUACUCGCGACAAUCCCGCCGACUUGGUGACGCGAGGUAUCUUUGCCGAUAAACUUCAGCAAGCCGGCAUCUGGUGGAAUGGACCGACUUUCUUAAAACAUGGAACUAGUUCCAUGGUUAAAGCAAGGUAA